AUGUGGUUUGAUUUGGACGAAAGAAAAACAUGGUGGCAUAGUUUGGCGAAAUGUUUCCUCAGGCUCGGUCCGAUUCCAGAACAUAUUGCUUUCAUUAUGGACGGCAAUCGACGAUAUGCCCGCAGGCAACGGUAUUCGUCGUUUACUGAAGGUCAUCGCAAGGGUUUUGAUAAGUUAACAAAAGUGAUGCAAUGGUGCCGAGAAUUUGGCGUGAAAGAAGUGACCGUAUAUGCGCUUAGUUUAGAAAACUUUAAGCGGAGCGCAACCGAAAUUGACGAUUUGUUGACGUUAUUCGAUCACAAACUUACAGAUCUUCUAGAUGAAAGUUUAGUGGAUAAACUUAUUGAAAAUGGUAUUCGUAUUCAAUUUUUUGGGAAUUUAGAACACCUUCCACCAAAGCUUCGACAGCAGAUAGCGAGAAUUGAAUUGUUAACAAGGGAACACAAUAGUGGCACAGUGAAUGUAUGUAUUGCCUACACAGCGCAGGAUGAACUAAAAAGAGCUUUUGUUACAAUAGCUCAUGGCGUCCAAAAAGGGUUACUGGCAACAACUGAUAUAAACGAAUGUUUAAUAUCACGUUGUCUUGAUAGUCGCUUCUCGAAUGAUCCAGAUCUGCUGAUUAGGACAAGUGGAGAGACACGACUGAGUGAUUUCCUACUAUGGCAGUGCUCCAAAUGUCAUAUCUAUUUUGAUGAAGUGCUGUGGCCAGACUUUGACUACUGGAAUCUGUGUAAGGCAAUAUAUUUUUAUCAACAAAGUCAGAUACCCUUAAAGCGGUUAAAUGAAAACUGCUUUGCGGAACAGAAACCAACAAAUAAUGAAAAUGUUUUGGAGUUCCUCCGCUGGGCUGAUGAGGAACGCUUGGAGAACUUACGACAAAUGUCCGAGGCAAUAUGUUAA